UACGGGCUCAAGCGACGGCGCAAAACUGCGGCGAUGGAUCUGCUGCGCAGCGCUUACUCCAAUUCCUCCGACGAAGAACCCGAACCCGCACCCGUACCCGCACCCGCACCAUCCUUCCACCCUCCUCCUCCGAAGCGACCCAGACCCGAAAGCCACACGACCUCCAUCCCCGAACCCAGUCGCUCACAUCCUCCUCCGACCGGAGCUCCUGUCCACGGCAGAUAUGUAUCCAAAAGGGAGCGAGCCCUCCUGGGUCUGGGCUCGCCACCCACUAUGGUCCUUGACCCAGAAAGCACCGACCCUUCAGCUUCAACUUCUGCCGCUGUUUCAUGUAUGGGAAGCUUAUUGGAUUCAGACCUACCGUCUGAUGUUCUAUCAUUGUUGAGGCAUCAAACGAAAGGUCGUGGGCGUCUUGGUCAAAUACAAGAAAGGCUAUCCGUAGCUCUAAAGGGUCAUACAAAGGCUGUCAACACAAUCCAAUGGUCAGAAAGUCAUGCUCAUCUUCUUGCAUCGGCUGGCAUGGAUCAUAAGGUCUUCAUAUGGAACGUGUGGAGUAAAAAUCACAAGACAGCACGCAUUCUGAGCCACCACAAUGCCGCAGUGAAGGAUGUGAAGUGGUCAAAGCUUGGUUGGCAUGUACUUUCUUGUGGAUAUGACCGCACGUCAAGGUUGGUUGAUAUUGAAAAGGGGAUAGAGACUCAGGUAUUCAAGGAGGACCAAGUCAUCAAUGUUGUGAAAUUCCACCCAGACAACUUCAACCUUUUCCUUUCGGGAGGAGCAAAAGGCCAGCUCAGGUUAUGGGAUGUCAGAACUGGCAGAGCAGCACAUCAGUAUAUACGUCAACUUGGUCCGAUCCUUGAUUUGGAGUUUUCCCUAGAUGGCAAGCAAUUCAUCUCUUCCAGUGAUGUCUCCUUUAGCAAUAUCAGUGAAAAUGCAAUAAUAGUUUGGGAUGUUUCUCGGCAGGUUCCUCUUUCCAAUCAGAUUUAUGGAGAGGCCUAUACCUGCACCUGUAUUAGGCAUCAUCCAACUGAGCCUUGUUUUGUUGCCCAGUCAAAUGGGAAUUAUAUUGCCCUUUUCUCUUCAAACCCCCCUUUCCGGCUUGACAAAUAUAAAAGGUACGAGGGUCAUGGAGUCUCUGGGUUUCCCAUUAAGUGCAACUUCAGCUUAGACGGGGAAAUGCUUGCAACGGGCUCCUCAGAAGGUUCCGUAUACUUUUACAAGUAUGGGUCAUCCGAGCUACUCCGGAAAACUAAGGUGUACACAUCACCAUGUGUGGAUGUGGCUUUCCACCCUAAUAUGCCGAAUUUUAUUGCAGUAUGCAGUUGGGCUGGAGAUAUAUCGGUGUUCAAGUAGCUUGCUGUAAUCGAGACUCACACAAGCUCAUGGACAAUGUUUUUUUUUUCCCAUUUUCAGCAGUAAAAAGUGGAGUACCGCUAUACUAACCACUUGUGAUUGCUAACAGACGUGCGAGACUAUCAAUUUUGGUUUUUCCCUCAUUUAUCAUGUAAUUCUCAACUU